GAGGGGAGGAAGAGGAGAAAGGGGUAGAAAAAGAGCAGGAGGAGAGUUGUGUGAGGGAGAGCGAGCUAAUCUACAAGAGGAGAGAAGACAUUCUUAUCGGUUUAUUUCAGCUCUAAAAUUCACCGGUGGAUGAACUUGUGAGAGCGAACUGAACGGAAUAAAAGGAUUUGGAGAAAAUGAAAAGGUUUUGCGGAGUCAAUCAACAUCAGCUCGUCUUGCUAUUGGCUGCUGCCAUGGCAACAGCCCUGGAUCCUUCACACAACCUGGCAAGUGAGAGGAGUUCGAUAGAAAGCACGUACGAGCUGACCAAAUACCUGGAGUAUCAGCUCAAGGAAAUCAAAGACAUAUAUCUGACCUACCUAGGCCCCCCAUUCAAUGAGAAAGACUUCUCCCCUCCUCGACCCAACAGUACCGCUCUGUCCCUGCCCAGCGCCGCCACCCGCCUGGAGCUGUGGCACGGCCUGGAGAACCAAGCUCGGCUCGCCCAGAACCAGAAGGCCUACUCUGUCCUGCUGGCGGCCGUCAGGGAGUUGGCCCGCUCCACCCUCUGCCCCGCCCUCAAGACAUCCCUACUGCACUUUUGCACAGGCCUGGAUGGGCUGCUGGGCUCCAUAUCCGCACUGAUGACCACCCUUGGUUACGCACUUCCUCCACCAUCUGCAAACAUGGAAAGUAAUGCUGGAGAGCUGCAGUACCCUCAGAGGGGGGCAGGGGGCGACCGACCUGCUCCACUGAUGAGCCAGAGCCUUUACAGGUCCAGAGCCGGGACGAGGACAGAGUCCGGUCAGCGUAACAACCAAAGAAGAAGCAGGACAAGGGUGGUCAGAGGAGAGAGGGAGGACGGCGUCACCGUAGGCCUGGUGGAAAAAAGGAGAGGGAAAGAAGUUAGGAGAGUGGAGGCGACCGCAGCUGGAGAAAGGAGUGGCGGAUCAACGGAGAAGGGAAGAAGAGAAAGAGGAAGGCGAGGGAGGAGGGAAGAGCCGGAGAUUGGAAAAUGGACUGCCAGUGAAGAAGAGAGAGUAGCGGAGGAAGAAGAGGAGGAGCUGGAGCGAGAGGGAGGGGCGGAGAGAUGGGGAAGGAGAAGGUUAUUGAGUAUCAACGAGGAUGUUGAGGAGAAGGAGAGGCAGCCUGAACCCAGGGUAGAAGUGUCAUACCCGGGCACAAGAGGCUCCAGCUCCCUUCAGCAACCGACCAUCCAAACCAACAACAACAACAACAAUCAGUACAGCUACAACAUGAACUCACAUCACAUAAACACACUCAGAAAAGAAGAUGGAUUUAUUGUAGAGGGAAGCAGAGGGUUAAUGUUGGAGAAGGAGAAGCAAACAGAAAUGGAAGCUACCUCCUCUUCCUCCACUUUCCAUCUUCAGCAUCGGCCUCGUCGCUCCCUCCUCUCCCCUACCCUCCAAGCUCCUCUGUCAACCCUCUCCCUGCUCUACCAGUUCGGAGCGGGUGAGGAGCACACCCUCCUCUCCCAGCCCGUCCCUCUGUCUUUACAAAGGGGCACCUCCCUCCUUUCACCUCCCCUGACUCCGCUCCUUUCCUCCACCUCCUCUGCCUCUUCUUCGCAUUUGUCAGUGCGGCCGACGAUGAACGACUUUGCCAAAAAGGUGGAGGGGUUUUGGAUAUUGAGAGAGCUGCAGAGUUGGCUGUGGCGGUCGGCGAAGGACUUUAACCGCCUCAAGAAGAGACUCAGAGGCUGAGACAUUGAGACACACAAGUGCAGUAUAUUAGAAAUCGAGUAUUUGCACACAAUUGGAAGUGGAAACAAAUUAAGAGCUUGAACAGACAAAAGCACAAAACCACAUUCAUGCUUAACACAUUCAUUCAUACCGUACUGGAAUAACUGAAUGAAGGACGAUUUGGCAGGUCACCAGAAGCGCUAAUGGAAUAUAACACACACAAAGCCAACACAUUACCAGCACUGUCACCCGCCUGAUGCACACAGCAGCUCAUUGAGCGAGAUACACUGAGACUGGGCUGAGUUACCGGACUUCACGACUCAUAGUUCAACAGAAAUACCACUGUAGGUGGUUAGACACACAUACACACACACACACACACACACACACACACACACACUCCAGAUGUGUGAAUCAGCAAUCUCUUUCAAGGAAGAAAAGUUCUGAAUGUGUAAAAGACAAAGGGAGAGGAGGAAAUAGCCAGAGGGAUGAAGAGGAGAGGAAGACGGGAGGAGGCGUGAGUCAAUGGAUGAGCAGUGGCAAUAACGGGCAGAGGGUUAUUGCUGAGUAAUCAGAAGUCGCCCGGUCAGUUACAGUAACUCUACAACAGUGCUUCACAUACUGUAGACACACACACAUGCACGCACGCACGCACACACACACGCAUGCACGCACACGUUAUUUUGUGCCUUAUCAAACAAUUAAUUUCUAUGCUACUUUUGAUUCAGUGCUCACCCAUUUCACCUUUUUAAUGAUUUCACUACAUAGCAACAAAUAUUUAACACAAUCUUAAAAUGUUGUAUAACUGAAUGAAUUCCCCUAAAAAACCCACAGUUUUGUGUGUCUGUACAAACAAAUAGUUUGACAUUUUCGGAAAUACACUUACUUGCUUUUGUGCUGAGAGUAAGAUGAGAACAUCAAUACCGCUCUCACUUUUGUGCACUUGAUAUGCAGCUGGAGCCAGCUGCUGGUUAGCUUUGCUUAGCUUAGCAUAAAGACUGGACAUGGGGGGAAAUAGCUCUGUGCAAAGGUAUUCAAAUCCAAAUACCAGCACCUCUUAAGCUCAUUAAUUAACAUGUAAUAUCUUGUUUGUUUAAUCCAGACAAAAACAAAGGUAUAAAACAACAACUUGCCAUUGUGGAAACUUGUGGUCAUGGAGAAGUUGCUUGGCAACGAGCGGAAACUGCAGGAACUCAGUGUUCUGAGCUACGAAACAUAAAACCAUAAAACUUUUAAUGUGUGUUAAUUUUAAACUUGUGGUGGGCAGAUGGAUGUGGCAUGUUACUCCCUCUAUCACCACAAAUUGUCAUUUUCUAGUUUUCUGUUUGUGUAUAGGGAUUAUAUUUAACAUUUAACAGUUAUGUUUAACAGAUAUAAGGUACUCGGUAAUCAAUCUUCUCAUCUAACUCUCAGAAAUAAUGCAAAAAUGCCAAACUAUUACUUUAAACACAAACCAUUAGACACAUUGAUGUGAAUUGUUUGUGCCUUUUAAAUCAUGAAAUCCGAUUCUUUUUUCUUUGGCAACUCACAGAUGGCUUAAUUUCUUUUCCAGAAUAAAUCUUGUGUUAUGUCUUUACAAUGUGCCUUGGAUGAUAUGGCUAAAGGUUAUGGAUCAUAUCUCUAAUAUUUAUUGAACAAGAUGUUUAUUUAUUGUUAAAUCCAGUGUGAAUAUACUGUAUUGUAACUCAAAAUAGUAUAAAUACUAGCUUUUGUACAGAG